AACAUCUCACGAGCACACCGCCAACUAGAGGUCUGGAUGCUUUGACAAAUUCGUUAUUGAAAUGCGCAUUAACUUCACAUUAUUAAUUGAUGGAUGGCUGCACAAGUCCUCAAUAAUUCGUAGACUUUGAUGAUUAAAACUCAGUUAGGUGGGUUGACAACGACAACACAAAGUCCAACUUCUCUAUUCAUCUGUCUGCCCACCCAUUCAUUUUCUCUUCUGCUUUUUAUAUUUUUGUUCUUCCACUUGUGCCAUCCCGCGUCCUAAUAAGGUAGCACAAAUAUAAGAGCUAAAGUAAACUACUAAAACCAUAACAUCCACAUAUAAAAAAUGAACUUUUUGUUUAUUUUUAUUUUUUGUUAAGGAAAAGGUACUGUGAUUGGGGGAUUGGGGGAUUUCCGUUGUCCCUGAACGCACCGCGCGGAGCGGUGGGAGAGGUCGCUUGUUGACUUGGGUCCAGUGCCGCUUUCCAGCUAGCUCGUCCACGCUUAGCACUGCUGCGCAACAAGUGGAUAAGUUUUCCCGAUUUAGCUCAAUGGAACACCGCGACUCGACUCACACAGUCGUAGCUGCAAUAUAAUGGGUGAACCAGGGAGUUCUUUCUUCCAUUUAGGGCACGGGAACUGGUGUUUGUUUUAAAGUUAUGUUGACGAGAUAAGACCAAAGGGAUAAAGUUGCUCAUCGGGGGGGGGGAGUGGGCGGUGGGAGGGGAGAAAAUGGGGAACUGGCCGUGUUUGGAGUCCCAAAAGCGGCCAGUUUAGAAGCAACGCGGAAGGGGAAUGGAGUAAGAGGGGGCUGUUUGGCUGACUUAUCCAUUUCAAGUCCAAUUUGUAAAGACAAGGGUGAGCUGUCAAAGUCGUCCGGACUGCUGGUGGCCUACGGAGGAGCUAGCACUGAGCUAGCUGGCUAGCUGCACCGCUGGCUGCUCAUCUCGCGAAGUGGCACAUUGCCGAUGGUCUCUCAGCAAGCCAUGGACGCGACGCCGGACACGUGCCCAACAGUGCAGCACCGGAACGGAAGCGCCCAUCGGCAGUGUCCGGACAAGAACCCGACCGGCGGCACCGAGCCCGCUGACCCCGCUGUUCUGAGGCUUCGCUUCUAUCACAGCAUCCGGGGAGAGUCCGACUGCAAAUUCCUGAGCUACCCGGCCGGCGAUUACGUGGCCGAGGAGCUGUGCAUCGAUGCUGCCAAAGCAUGCAGCGUAGCGCCUGUCUACUUCAGCCUCUUUGGCCUCUUCAGGGAGCGAGACCGCUUGUGGUUUUGCCCCAGCCAUAUUUUCCAUCUGGACGAGUCCGCCUCGGAAGAUGUGUUUUUUCGAAUAAGGUACUACUACCCUGGCUGGUACAGCGGUGGGGCGUCCCGGGCUUAUCGGUACGGCGUUGCAAAGGGAUCCGAGAGUCCCAUUCUGGAUGAUUGUGUGAUGUCAUACCUCUUUUAUCAGUGGAGAAACGAUUUCAUCAGUGGCUUGGUCAAGCUUUCCAGCUCUCACGAGACCCAGGAGGAGUGCUUGGGUAUGGCCGUGCUGGACAUGACGCGGACGGCCAACGAGAAAGUGGUGUCGCCGCUGGACGUCUACCGCACUACGAGCUACAAGUCGUUCCUGCCCAAAGACAUGCGCGCCCAGAUCGAGGACUGCAGUUUCCUGACGCGCAAGCGCAUCCGCUUCCGCUUCAAGCGCUUUGUCCAGCAGUUCAGCCAGUUCCACACCACCGCGCGGGACCUCAAGCUGAAGUACCUCAUCAGCAUGGAGUCGCUGGAGAAGGCCUUCUACACUGAGACCUUCCAGGUCCGCGAGGCAUCCGGCGGCCAGCUCGCCUUGCUGGUGGCCGCUGACACCGGCAUCCAGUGGUGCCGGGAGAAGCUGAAAGAUCCCGACCAGGUUGGUGCCACGUCUCUGCGCUAUUUAAAGGUAGAUUCACUUGAUGGAUGUUUUCCAUUAUUUGUCCAGCACCAUUCUGGUGGUAUCUUCUUUACCUCUCAACUUGCAUGUGCUUUUUUUUUUUUUUGGUUCUCCUCACCCCAGGAGCUGCAGACGCUGUGCGACUUUCCGGAAGUUGUUGAUAUUAGCGUCAAACAGGCCAACAAGGAAACUGCCUCUGAGAGCCGCUUGGUCACCAUCAACAAGCAGGAUGGCAAGAACCUGGAGUUGGAGUUCCCCAGUCUGUCUGAAGCGCUCUCCUUUGUGUCCUUGAUCGAUGGCCACUAUCGGCUCACCGCGGACGCACAUCACUACCUUUGCAAAGAAGUGGCGCCCCCUAGGCUGGUGGAGGCCAUCGCCUGCCACUGCCAUGGCCCGGUCUCGAUGGAGUUUGCCAUUAACCGACUUCAGAGAUCGGCCAACAAGCACGACUUGUACAUUUUAAGAUGCAGCCCGAAGGACUUCAACAAGUACUUUCUGACGUUCCCUGUUGAGGUGUAUGACUCAGUGGAAUACAAACACUGCCAGAUAACCCGAUCGUCCGGUGGCGAGUUCAACCUCACCGGAACCAAAAGGAACUUCAGCAGCCUGAAAGAUCUUCUGAACUGCUACCAAAAGGAAGCGGUGCGCUCCGAUAGCUUCAUUUUCCAGUUCAGCAAGUGCUGCGCUCCUAAACCUAAAGAAAAGUCCUGUCUGCUGGUGUGCCGGAGAAACAAAGCGUCCGACGUGCCUCCAUCACCGUCACUGCAUCAACCCCAUGUCAGUCGGAUGGUCUUUCACACUAUCAAGAAGGAAGAUUUGGAGUUUCUGGAGAGCCUUGGCCGAGGGACGUUUACCAAGAUAUUCAAAGGCUUGCGCAAGGAGCUCAGAGACUACGGACUUGUGCACCAAACUGAAGUAGUCAUGAAAGUCUUGGACCAGGCCCACAGGAACUACUCAGAGUCUUUCUUUGAAGCAGCCAGCAUGAUGAGCCAGCUCUCCCACAAGCACUUGGUUCUCAAUUACGGUGUAUGCGUGUGCGGCGAGGAGAACAUCAUGGUACAGGAGUAUGUCAAGUUUGGCUCCCUUGACACCUACUUGAAGAAGAAGAAGAACUCGCUGAACAUUCUGUGGAAGCUGGAAGUGGCCAAACAGCUGGCCUGGGCCAUGAAUUUCCUGGAAGAGAAGCGCCUGGUCCACGGAAACGUGUGCGCCAAAAACGUCCUGCUGAUACGAGAGGAAGACCGCCGGGCCGGCAACCCGCCCUUCAUCAAGCUGAGUGACCCUGGUAUCAGCAUCACUGUCCUACCUAAAGACAUUCUGAUCGAGAGGAUCCCGUGGGUGCCCCCCGAGUGCAUUGACGACCCCGCCAACCUGAGCCUGGCGGCUGACAAGUGGAGCUACGGCGUCACUCUUUGGGAACUUUGCAGUGGCGGAGAGAGGCCGCUAGCAGCGCUGGAUGACUCCAAGAAAUGCCUGUUCUACGAGGACCACCACCAGCUUCCCGCGCCCAAAUGGACCGAGCUGGCCAAUCUGAUUAGCAACUGCACGGACUACGAGCCGACGUACCGGCCGACGUUUCGCGGCAUCAUCCGGGACCUGAACAGCCUUUUUACACCAGACUACGAGUUGAUCGUGGACAGCGACAUCCUUCCCAACCGGACGACGGCUUCCGGCUGGACGACGGGAGGCGUCGAAAACCAGGAGCCGGCCCAGUUUGAAGAGAGACACCUCAUAUUCUUACAACAGCUAGGAAAGGGCAACUUCGGCAGCGUGGAGAUGUGCCGCUACGACCCGCUGCAGGACAACACGGGCGAAGUGGUGGCCGUGAAGAAGCUGCAGCACAGCACAGCGGAGCACAUCCGCGACUUUGAGCGCGAGAUCGACAUCCUCAAGUCUCUGCAGCACGAGAACAUCGUCAAGUAUAAGGGCGUCUGCUACAGCGCGGGCCGACGCAAUCUGCGCCUCAUCAUGGAAUACCUUCCCUUCGGAAGCCUGAGAGACUACCUCAUGAAGAACAAGGAGAGGAUCGACCACAAGAAACUAAUGCACUACACUUCCCAGAUCUGCAAGGGAAUGGAAUACCUGUCCGGCAAGCGCUACAUCCAUCGCGACUUGGCCACGCGGAACAUCCUGGUGGAAAGCGAGCAGCGGGUGAAAAUCGGCGACUUCGGGCUGACUAAAGUUCUCCCUCAAGAUAAGGAGUACUACAUGGUCAAAGAGCCAGGAGAGAGCCCCAUCUUUUGGUACGCCCCCGAGUCGCUGACGGAGAGCAGGUUCUCCGUGGCGUCGGACGUGUGGAGCUUCGGAGUGGUGCUUUAUGAGCUCUUCACCCACAGCGAGAAGAGCUGCAGCCCGCCGGCCAUCUUCAUGUCCAUGAUGGGCAACGACAAGCAGGGCCAGCUAAUCGUCUACCACCUGAUGGAACUCCUCAAGUCGGCCAGCAGGUUACCGCAGCCCGUCCACUGUCCCGACGAGAUUUAUGAGAUCAUGGAGGAGUGCUGGGACAACGACUCGGGGCUGCGCCCUUCUUUCAAUGAGCUCACUCUGCGCAUCGACCUGCUCAGGGACACAGACUGAACGCCGACCCCACCCCGUCCCGCCCAGCCCAGCCCAUUACCACCCAAAGUGCCACGACUUCUCUUUUCAACUUGACACCUACCGUAUAGUGUGUGUGGGGAAAAACACGUCCAACCCACGUUUUGCUUUUGUUGAAAGAUUUUCGAAUGUAUUAUAGACACGUACGUGGGUAGACCUUUUGUGUCACGUCUCAACAUGGAGAUGCUUAUGUGUGCGUGCUUGUUAGCCACCCAAAAUCGCUAGCAGGGCUAGUCAUCACCAUCAUGCCCUCCCCCCCCCCCCCCCCCAACCCCGGAAAAAAGACUAUUUUCUAUGUGUAUAUACACCGACAGUAUAUAUUUGUGUACAUAUGUCCAGAUUGUUUUUUUUCUAAUUCUAAUAUACUGGAGCUGGAAGUUAAAGCCCCGUAUUGUUUCAAAAUGUCAUUUGAGUGAAGAAGUGACUUCAUCGAGUGUGAAAAUUCAAUGAGUAAAUAUAUUAAGGGUUAUCAUUAAAACAUGACCUUCAGACAAAAGCUA